AUCGCAAAUGCAUUCGAAAUUCAUAAUGGCGACAAAAACAGAGAGAGAGACAAGUCACAAUCGAUACUCUGUCAGAUGAUUUUCUAUUAUAAAUGUUUUAAAUAUUCAAUAUCAUUGUAAAUUUUUAUUCUGUGUUUGUGAUUAACGAGCGUUUCAUUCUACUAAAAGAAAAUGUUUGAUAAACAUAAUCGAAGAAGCAAUCAAAAUGCAAAAAAAUUGGAUAACGAAUCGGAGGAAAAAUUAUUGGAGAAAAUUGCAAAAAUUCAAGCUCUACUCAACGAAGUUGACGACAACACAAACAGUAGUGAUAGUGUCAUUGAAAUUGCCUCGUCAAACGAAGAAAAUAAAGAGCCAAAAAAAUAUAAUAAUUCACCAAUUCCAUCAGUUCGACCAGUGACUCCAAUCAAGAAUGAAUCAGACGAUAGAGAUGAAUACUACAAUCAUUUUUCACAUUACAAUGAUAAUAAUCCAUUUUAUUGUUUACCAUCAACGUCAAAGGGAAGUUAUUCCUCGUCUCUUGCCAAUGUAUUUGUCGAUACAGAAAGAGAUAUGCAAAAUGAAACCAAAAUUGAAAAUGAUACAAAUGAUAAUGAUGACGAUAACGCAUGGGUUCCAUUGACAUUUAUUGAGAAAAAACCAAAUACAUUUCGAAAACGUACUCCACCCAUGACAUAUAAACCGCCAAAAAAUGUUGAUUUAAGUUUUAAAACACAAAUGGAACGAAAUAAAAGGGAACAAUUAUUGAAUAUCAAAAAUCACCGAAAUUUAUAUGACAGAUCACAUUCUCCAUAUUUGGAAAAUGAAAAACGUUAUAAAACAAAGAAACGCUACUAUUUUCCCGAUAUGGCUGAGAAAAGAAGAAAGAAACGUAAAAUAAAAGAAGAAAAAAGAAGAAAACAAGAAGAGGAGAAAGAAGCACAGAAACUCAAAGAAAAGGAAGAAUCAAUUAUUGUAAAUCCAUUAGCAUUAAUUAAACAAGAAUAUAAUGAUGAUGAUAAUAACGAUGAUUCUGACACUGAUAAUUAUCAUAAUUCUAAUAAUGAUUCAGAUUCUAAUGAUAAUCAUCAUGAUUACAAACAUUAUAAUAAUUUUGCAAUUGAAAAAAAACGCAAAUUCGAAGAAAUUUCAAAUAAUGUACGUAAUAUUAAAAAACAACGACUAUCUGAUGAUGAUGAUGAAGAUUAUGAGAAACAAGAAAAAAAAUGGACCAACAGAGAAGAAAAAAUAAAAGAGGAAAUUAUUUCCGAAGAUAUAAAACCAAAUGUAAAUAUGCUUAAAAAUUUGGGUAAAAAUUUCAAUGCCUGUGUAUCGAUUGCAUCGAAACUUCCCGAUGAGGCAUUAUUACCACUUAGAUUUUUAAAUGUAUUACCAAUUGAUAAAAUAAAAACAGAAAAUACAUAUUCUGAUUCUUCAAGUGUCAAUGAAAGAACAUCAUCGUUGAAGAAUGAUAUUUCAACGAUUGUUACCAAUAUUCUUAAACAAGAAACACCAGACGAUGAUGAACAAAUUUUAUCCAAAACUAAAGAACCACAAAAAUUGAGGAAAAUUGAUUUUUCCAGUGAACUCAAGAGAUUUUCACAGAAACUUCAAAAAAUAAAGUACGACGAAGAAAGAUUCUAAAAAAAAAAGUAUUUAAAUUAAAAAGUUAAAAAAAAAGUUUUUUGAAUAUUUAGUUAAAUGAAAAAUGUUAAAAAGUUUAAUUUUUUUUUCUAAAUAGAUGUUAAUGUAAACGUUGAGUAUUAUUUUGUAAUGUUAAUAACUAAGUUUAAGAAUUUGCAUUUGCUAUAAAUAACAAGAAAUAAUAUUUUUAUAUACAAAGAAAAAAAAGUUAUUUUAAUAUUUAAACCAAAAAAAAGAGCAGGUUUAUUAUAUAUAAUGUUAUUAAAGACUUUUAUUUUUAGAGACAAUAAUAAUGUAAGUUCCAAGAGAAAAUAAUAUAAUCAACGUAUUAAUACUUUAUGUAAAAUAAAAAAAAAAUUGUGUUUAAUUGAUUUAAAUUUUUUAUUAAAGAGUUUUCUAUUGA